UGUUUGCUAAUGACGUACUGGACUGCCUGGCUAGGCACAGUGACAGGUUGGGGGAAGUGUCGGACGGACGGAGAUAGCUAACCAGCUAGCACGCCUGUAGGACAGUGAUGGGUCAGGAAGCUGGCAAGCCAGCUUGGCCCAAACCAGCUGGAGGGUACCAGACUAUCACAGGGAGGAGAUAUGGCCGGAGACAUGCUUAUGUCAGCUUCCGGCCCAACUCUGCAAAGCACCGCAGUGGAGUCGGUGUGGAGUGGACAGAUACAGAACUAAACACAGUCCACAGAGAACCAUCCCUAGCUCCAAAAGGGAACAUUUCUUCCAUGCUCCAAGCCAUCCUCCCCAUGUCAUCCAACGUUGUACACCCGGAGCUGAAAGCCAAGUCAGGCAAUGGGGCUCCCGGGAAGAAACAGUUGUCAUCCAGGAGGCCUGCAGAGGCCCCGUCCGUCCUCUGCAAGAAGCUGAGGAGCGAGCAGACUGGUGCAGGAGCCGGUGACCAGGAGCACAACACGGAGAAGAGCUCAGAGGCCAGCGCCUGGCCCGUACCUGAGGAGGUUGACGCUAAUGUGGCUAACGCCAGUGUGGCUAACGUUAGUGUGGCUAAUGCCAGUGUGGCUAACGCUAGCGCGCUGAGCUUUGUAAAUAUAGAUUCCUAUGAACCAGACAGCAGUGGGGGGGAGGAGGAGAGCCCUGGGUCGGACCCGUCUCUGGGGCUGCAGAGGAGACUGGACGACAUGAUCUUUGAGCUGGGGAAGGAGUUUGACUAUCUUAGCGGCUUGCACUCGUAUUUGUACACAAAAUCCUGUGAAGGGACGGAUUGUCUUGUCAAAGACCCAGCAGUGAAAGACUUGUCGAACUCCUCUGACCCUGAGGACACUGUCCCUCAGAAGAGUUCCCCAGAACAGACUGGUCAUACUGGGUCCGAUCAGACUUUAACCAGCCCUGGUUCUCCGGGGGAAUGUGCUGCCGGCCUACCCCCGGUCUGCCUCAAUGGGUCUGGGAACGACACGGAGCAAACGGGGCCGUCCCAGACGGAGAUGGUGGUCCGACCCAAAAUCCGAAAGCAGACGAGCGAGACUCACCUGGAGAAGAGGAAGAGCUCUUACGGCGAGGAGGAGAAGUCGCACGACAGCGGCUCCUCUGGGAGAACGGCUGCCGGCGGUAAGACCAAGUGCGUGUCGGCGCCGCCGUUCUUCCUGACGCAGACGGAGAGGCCUAACCACGACCUCCUGUUCAGUUUCCCGCUGGCGGACUGUGCUGGGGUCAUCCCGAUAGAGAGGAGGAGGGGGGGGAGGAGGGAGGCAGAGGAAGGCUAUAAAGUCAGCUCUGAUGAAGAAGAAGGAGAAGAGGAAGAACUAGAUGACAUCUGGGAGGACCUGGACUUCAAUGACAAGUGUCCUCCUUUCAUGAAGGCAGAGGAAAGCUCCGAGUGCAGUGAGGGGGAGUGGUCGGCGUCGUGGACGUCGGACUCCGGGCUGGAGAAGGGCCGUGGCUCCAGCGAGGAGAGCUGGGAGACCCUGCCUGGCCUGGAGGAGCUGCAGGCCCCCAGCACUGCUCUGGACCCCUCCACCCAGCCCUUGGGGGAACAGGCGCCCCUGGAAGAGGGGGAGGUGCCCUGGCUGAUGUACAACGAGGAGACGUGCAGCUCCAGUGACGAAGAGGACCCCGAGGGCAUGAGCCACUUCGUCCACCCAGGCCUCUUCAUCCUGGACGGGAACAACAACCUGGAGGACGACUCCAGCGUGAGCGAGGACCUGGAUGCCGAGUGGAGGUUGCUGGAUGACUUUGGCGAGGGCUUCGGCAUGGCCCAGGCCAUCUCCUACGUGGACCCUCAUCUGCUCACCUACAUGGCCCUGGAGGAACGCCUGGCCCAGGCUAUGGAGGCUGCGCUAGCCCACCUGGAGUCCCUGGCCAUCGACGUGGAGCAAGCCCACCCUCCAGCCACAGAGCAGAUGAUCGACUGCCUGCCCCAGAUCCCCAUGCAGGAGGAGCUGAGCGGGCAGGAGCAGAGCUGUGCCAUCUGCUGCUGUGAGUAUGUCAAAGAUGAGAUUGCCACCCAGCUGCCAUGCCACCACAUGUUCCACAAGAUCUGCGUGACUCUCUGGCUCCAGAAGUCGGGGACAUGUCCCGUGUGUCGUCACGUCCUGACGCCAGCACUCCCAGAAGCCCUGGCUCCUACUUCAUUUGUGUCAGAUCAGGACAUCCCCCCGUCCAAUCACAGUGCGGCAGGAAUGCGGUGAAGUCACAGGUGUCCAAUCAGCAGUGGCUAGCAUCCAGAAACACAUAAUGAAGAGGCCUCUGAUGCGUUCACAGGAAAAAGAAAAAAAACCUAGCUGUUAUUACUUUUCAUUUCCUCUCUCUCUCAAUGUAGCUCAAUGUGUGAAUGCGGCCACUCUUUUAGUUCUGCACAAUGUAAUAGUUCGAUGUCCCAACGUGACAGUUCAAGCUUAUUUUCUGAGAAAAUAUUAUCUGUAUAAUCUCAGUCUUUGUUAUGAAAAGUGGAUAAUGAUGGAGGUGGACUCGGGAAAGAAAAAUAUUGUUUCUCUCACUUUUACAUGCUUAUUUUAAAAAAAUCAAUAAAUCACUGCUUAUGUCA